CCCCGUUCUUGUUCCUGCUCAUACCUGGGUCGGAACUUCUUCAUGACAUCAACAGCAGGGCUUUUGCAAUACAAGACAAGGGCGACUUCUAGAGACGGUCUUUAGGAGCCCUUUAAUCGACAAAGGAACAUUUGCGCGCCAAAAGAAGCCCACGACCAAUCACCGCCUGCGCGUCGCAUCUCAUCCUAGCGCAUGCUCACACCCAAUACCUUUCAAGAGACUCGAUCCUGUGCCAAAACACCACCAGGCGACCAAGCGACCGACCGAUUGACCUACAGAUCGAGGACCGGCUGCACCGACUCUGCUUGUAACAACCAUCUUUCUUUGACCGUCGCUCGACAACAGCCCGUCGCUUGACACACUUUUGUUCAUUCCUCGAUUCCCACGACGACCAAAGGACGCUGGCUACGACACAGUAAUUGAGCUCCGACCACCUGCGCUCCGUCAUUGCGAUGACGUCCGCCGCUCCUCCCCCCAACCAGGCUUUUCAGCCCACGAGCAACUCGACAGCGCCCGCCGCGCCCUCGACUCCGAAUAAGAGAGACUUGAAAUCGUGGUGGAAGGGCUUCAAGCUUCCUUCCAAGCACCAAGAACAUCACGCAGACAACCGGCCCCACGGUAUUUUCGGCGUUCCUCUCCGUCAGAGCAUCACCUACGCCAAUGUCGCGAUAUCUCUCGUCGACGAGAACGGAAAGAGCUAUAUCUAUGGCUACGUACCGAUUGUUGUCGCCAAGUGCGGCGUCUUCUUGAAGGAAAAGGCAACAACGGUGGAGGGUAUUUUCCGUCUUAGUGGCUCCGAGAAGCGAAUCAAGGAGCUGAAACAAAUUUUCGACUCACCCGAUCGCUACGGAAAGGGCCUGGUCUGGGACAACUACACGGUUCACGAUGCUGCCAACGUGCUCCGACGAUACCUCAACGACCUUCCCGAGCCUGUUGUGCCGUUAGAUCUGUAUGAAAAAUUCAGGGAACCGUUGCGAGGCGCCACAAGGCAAGCUGUGGGCGAUGCCGAAGGCCCGCAGUUUGUCGAAAAUUUUGACGAUCAAGCGGCCAUCGUCAAGUACCAGAAGCUUAUCACGGAGCUUCCGCCGUUGAACCGUCAGCUCCUGCUGUACAUCCUGGAUUUGCUUGCUGUCUUUGCCGCCAAGUCGGAAGAAAACAGGAUGAAUUCGCAGAAUCUAGCAGCCAUUUUCCAGCCCGGGAUGCUGUCGCAUCCGCAGCACGCCAUGGCGCCUGAAGAGUAUCGCUUAAACCAAUGCGUGCUCAUUUUCCUCAUCGAAAAUCAGGACCAUUUCCUGAUUGGCAUGCAGGGCACGGCCACUGACGAGAAGACAAAGCAGCUGAUCGAAAAAGGCACGCCCCCCGCAGCGAGUGGGCCAGUGACUCCCAACCCUAACAGGAAGUCGGGUCUGGGUCGGUCUGCGUCCAAUGCCAGUGCCGGCGCUGACAGUGUAAGAAGAGACGGGAUGCUGAGGAGAAACCGAUCGACAUCUUCGAGGCACUCGCACCACGAAGGUUCUACGACCCCGAACAGCCCAGCCCUCGCACCGACUCCGAACAGCGGCCUCGGCAGAAGCAACACAGUCCCGUCCAAGAAGUCCCCUGCUCUUCAGACGGGAAGGUUCAGACGUGAUGCUUCACCCAUCCUAGGCUCGUCGACCCGUGAGCCCAUGAUCCCGACAACGACGGAAGAACUAGUUGAAGCACCUGAUCAGUCCCCUGCUGCUUCAAGUAUCUCGCCCGUACCGGCUGCGAUAGGCACGUCCAGCCUGGCACCCACUGCUGCUGGCAACGCAGGUAGAAGCCAGGAGAGGUUGCUUGACCCGAACGAGGCCACGACACCCAUCAAGGAAAGAGUGCUGCCGAGCAUAUUCCAAAGAUCUCCCACGGGAGAGGGCGAGAAGCGACAACCGAACAAACUGAAGAAGAAGCGGAUUCCCGGGAGCUUGAACCCGAGCGCGCAAAGCUCGGCCGCAUCCUUGUCCGGUACGCACUCAGCCGCUGUGUCCCCUAGUUUUGAGGCCCCCAACCCUAUGGAUUUGGUGGCCGAUACAAUCCCAGAGCACGAUUCCCUUGCAAUUGGCCAGCAAUAUAGUGCGGUUGAUACACCCUCGGAACCCACCCCGCGCGCAUCACAGGUCCCCUCCAGCAACACCUUACACCCCGAGCAGACGCUCAAGGCGAAGAAGUCGCCGCCAACAUCACUCCACUCAUCAUUUAACGAAGGUUCUGAUGUUGAUCAGACUGAAGAGUCCAUUGUGACGACUUCGGCAGACGCCAGCGAGCCGGAUAAGGAAAAAAAGAGAAGAUGGCGACUUUCACGACAGAGAGGCCACGAACAUCACCCCUCAAUUACCUCUCCGCGUCUGGCCUUCGGAUCCAACGAUAACGCCGACGUUAGCGUGACGUCAAUUGGCAGUGGUGGAUACAGGCCCCGGAAGAGCUUCACCGGCGAGAGCUCAGAGACUGGCAUGUACGCUGCCGAGGCACAAACCAGCCAUGAAUCGCGUGACAAGGACGGCAAGGACGAAUCCAAGGGCCCCAUCGGUUGGAUUAGGAACAAAUACCGUGAAGCUAAGGAGAGCGCCGAACGAAGGAAUAAAUCGCCCCCAGCGGACCGUCAAUCAUCUUUGGGAGGCUCCAGCAUUAUGUCAGGAAGGGGAAAGAGUCUGGAUAUUCGCAGGGAACCCGAGGAGAGGACCCAGAACCCACCUGUGCCACCGUUGCCGCAGCAAGCGGCCCCGACCCAGACAGCGUCCGCUCAGCCACCAGCAACGCAAACCGCACCUUCUCAACCUCCGCCGCCCCAGCCGACAUCGGCACCGGCGCAGCAGGCAUCAUCUCCGCCGGUAACGAAUCCUGUAGCGCCGCCCGCUUCUCAAGCAGCAAGCCCGCCAGCACCAGCUCAACCGGCCCAACCGGCAAAGUCCCAGUUGGCAGCGGCCUCCCAACCGGAAAUAGCACCGCCGACACAACCGGCACCUGAAGCAGCGCGAUAACUACGACAAGAGUCCGAAUUCGAAAUAUCACCAUUCUAGGUGUUUGUUAUUGGGAGCACGUUUUCUUAUGGGAUCACUUUUCACUCGUUGGACAUGAUGCAUCCUCAAUAGUUUUGAGGCCAGCGGCAGAGGGAAAAAAGGGGGGAAGGUGGGGGGGCUAGCCUAGACGAGGCUGACCCAAAGUUCCAAGAAUCCACGUUUGAACAUUCGAAGAAAAGAAAAAGGAGGCAUGUGCGUGCUUGUUGUUGUGAAUCAUCAUAAAUGUACGGAGUUGUUCGAUUCUCUGGCUUGGUGUAAAGCGAAGCAUUGUCUACGGGCUCGCUCGCUAUGAAGGGUAUCCUAUCAAGUUGGCGUUUUUUUUUUGUUUUUUUGUCAUGAGUGUAGUAGUCCCGGCCACUCCUAUCCCCCCUAACGUUUCCUGGGAUUUGGAAUCGUGUGUCUAUGGCCUAGGAUAGGGUAGGGAAAAAAGAAUAAUUUUCAUGUUUGGAA